AUGGAUAUCAUCCAUAUCGCCAUGAGUUCCAUGUGGAUAAGUCUUUGCGUUACCACUCUCUUCUAUAUCGUCCUUCUCUACCUUUCUACUAUGACUUUUUCCACGGCGGGCCGAUAUAUUUUCAAAAUCAAAGAAAUGCACGAAAAAUACGGAUCCAUCGUACGGGUAACCCCUGAUGAACUCCACGUUAACGAUCCCUCAUUCGUCCCCGAAUUGAUGCCAGCAGGUGGUCGUCGCCGCAAUAAAUGCGUACGAUUAAUGCAGAUGUUUGGGCUUGUGAAAGCGAGCGCUGCAACGAUAGAUCAUGAUUUACAUCGAAUGAGACGGGGCGCUAUGUCGAAGUUUUUCUCCAAAGAGUCGAUUCGGAGAAUUGAACCGAUGAUGAAUUUGAAUAUUGAGAAAUUGCUUGUGAGGCUUCGACAAUUCCAGGAGACGGGAGAACCGAUUAAUUGUUUGCCGAUGUUUGGAGCUUUCACUAAUGAUCUUAUUUCGGAAUAUGCGUUUGGGUUUAAUCCAAAUUGGUUGGGGGCGCCGAAUUUCAAUGCCGCAUUUUAUCAUAUGAUGGAUGGCUUCCAUAAAUUUGGUCCGUUGGCGGUGCAGUUCUCAUGGUUUAUUCCUAUGAUAAAUGCCAUUCCAAAGACCUUGCGCCAGAGUAUGAACCCUGGGGGAAACAAAUUCCUUGAAUUCAAGCAAGAACUGCUGUCCAAUAUAGAUAAAACCAAUAGAGCCAAGGCAGCUUCUCAUCAGGAAGGAAAGGAAGUCAAGACAUUGUUCGACGAAAUUACCGCCAGCAAAAUUCCCGAAAUUGAAAAACAACGAUCAAGACUUCUUGAUGAGGCUCGAAAUAUAUCGAUUGCUGGAACGGAAACAACUUCAUUGACUUUGAGCGCGUUAACUUUCUACUUAUUGUCCAAUCCGAAACUUUUGAAAAAAUUACGAGCCGAGUUAAACGCCGCCCUUCCUGAUCCUUCAAUUGAACCGAUUCUCAAAGAGAUGGAACAACUUCCGUAUUUGAGUGCAGUAAUUCAAGAGGGUCUUAGAAUAGCAAUGGGUACCAGCAAUCGACAAACAAGAAACGCACCUGACCAAAUUAUGAAAUAUGACGAUGGGAAGAAAGUCUGGCUUAUUCCCCCCGGUACUAACGUAGGUAUGGCCACCCCUUUAAUCCACCUCAAUCCAAAAAUAUUCCACGACCCUCUCGUUUUCAACCCAGAUCGAUUCAUCGAAGAUCCAAGCCUAAGACGCAAUCUUAUGUCAUUUUCGCACGGUUCGAGACAAUGUCUUGGUAUGCAACUUGCAUAUGCUGAAUUAUAUCUCAUGCUUGCAUCUCUGUGGCGAAAAUUUGGAUGUAAAGAGGAUAAAGGAGAUGAGGGUUGGUUGGAACUCUACCAGACAGAUAAGACGGAUGUUGAGAUGGCCGCUGAUAGAUUUGUUCCGUAUCCUAAGAAGGGGAGUAAAGGUAUUCGUAUUGUUGUUCGAAAGUAAGAAAUUAAAGAAGCAUGGAUUGUGGACUUGGAUUGCUUUUGAGGCCAUGUUAAGUGUGUUUUCUUGUUACAUUGAGGGAGUUUGAUUCAUGAAUAUAUCUGAUUGACCUAAUAGCCGAGAAGAAUUCCCUAGUGCUACUGCAAUAAUGCCAUAGUAUAGUCUUCAGAAGCUAUUCCAUAAUUAGGCUGUAGAGAGCUUAGGCUACAUGAGUUCUCCAAACUCAUUUUUAAAUU